UCCCUUCCUUCCUCCCCCCCCCCCCCUCAUCUCUCUCCCUCUCUCUCAUACACAAGCACACCACAAAAAGAUGGUUGCCGCAAUGGAGGAAGGAAGGAUCCCUGGGUACUUCAAGAACAAGAGCAUCUUGAUCACCGGUUCAACAGGCUUCCUUGGAAAGAUACUUGUGGAGAAGAUACUGAGGGUCCAGCCUGACGUCAAGAAGAUCUAUCUCCCGGUGCGAGCAGCCGAUGCAGCAUCGGCCAAGCAACGGGUGGAGACUGAGGUGAUCGGGAAGGAGCUGUUUGGGCUUCUGAGGGAGAAGCACGGCAAUGGUUUCCAGUCUUUCAUGGAAGAGAAGAUCGUUCCGUUGGCUGGAGACAUCAUGUAUGAGAAUUUCGGCGUGGAGGGGUCCCAGCUGAGAGAGAUGAGUCGAGAGCUCAACGUCAUCGUCAAUGGAGCCGCGACCACCAACUUCUACGAGAGGUACGAUGUGGCUCUGGAUGUGAAUGUGAUGGGGGUGAAGCAUAUGUGCCAGUUGGCUGAGAGGUGCCCCAAUCUGGAGGUGAUCCUCCAUGUUUCCACAGCUUAUGUGGUUGGGGAGAAGCAAGGGCUGGUACAGGAGAGAGCGUUCGGGAAGGGCGAGACCCUGAGGGCAGGCACGCAGCUGGACAUCGACGCGGAGCUGAGGAUGGCAAGGGACUCGAGGAAGCAGCUGGCGGAGGAGGAGGACGGCUCGGAGAAGAAGGAGAGGAAGGCCAUGAAAGAGCUUGGGCUCGCCAGGGCUCGUGAGUUCGGAUGGCCCAACACGUACGUGUUCACCAAGGCGCUGGGGGAGAUGAUGCUGGGGCAGCUCCGCGGCGACAUCCCCGUCGUCAUCGUGCGCCCCAGCAUCAUCACCAGCAUCCACAAGGACCCCUUGCCAGGAUGGAUCGAAGGGACCAGGACGAUCGAUGCCAUCCUGAUCGGGUACGCCAAGCAGAACCUCUCCUGCUUCUUGGCUGACCUCGACUUCACCAUGGACGUGAUCCCGGGGGACAUGGUGGUGAACGCGAUGAUGGCCGCGACGGUGGCGCACGCGUCGCCGGAGCGGCGCGGGCAGCAGACUGCGGUGUACCACGCGACGUCCUCGCUGCGGAACCCGGCGCCGUACGCGGUGCUGUACCGGACGGCGUUCCGCUACUUCAGCGAGCACCCGCGCGUGGGGAAGAAGGGCGAGCCCGUCCGCGCCUGCAAGGUCCACUUCUUCAGCACCAUCGCCGCCUUCCACCUCUACAUGGUCAUCAAGUACAAGCUGCCGCUCGAGCUCCUGCAUCUGCUCAACCUGCUCUGCUGCGGCCUCUUCUCGCAGCUCUACAACGACCUCAACCGCAAGUACAAGUUCGUCAUGCAACUCGUCGACCUCUACGGGCCCUUCGCGCUCUUCAAAGGAUGCUUCGACGACGGCAACAUGGAGAAGCUUCGACUGGCAAUGGCGGUGGACGACAGCGUGGCCUUCAACUUCGACCCCAAGUCCAUCGACUGGGACGAUUACUUCUACAAGAUCCACAUCCCCGGUGUCGUGAAGUAUGUCCUCAAGUGACGACGCAUCCGAAUGAGAGUGCAUAUAUACUAUAUAUCCAUCCAUCCAUCCAUCCUCAAUCACCGAUCGUGCAUCGAGUGAUGACAUCAAGGUCUGCCCAGCCGACCCGGCAGCUUAGCUUAUUAGCUUGGAGGAGCGGUAACAUUUUGUAGCAAUCUGCUGGUGCUGCUGAUAGACGUCGACGUCCACUAUCUUGUUCGUUCUGUGGUAGCGGGGAUCAAAAUUAAAGAAACUGCUAGUAUUAGUAUUAUUUGUAAUGUUCUUAUCAAUUACCAUUGCUGAAUUACUUAUAAGCAAGGUUACUGUAUUAUCGAUCGUGGGAAAUUUACA